AUGUUCCAGCCGUCCAAGGCCCCCAGCGCUUUUCGCGUUUUUUGUUCAACGGCCAAGGACCCGGACUCCCCCGGGCGGAAAGGCUUCAGCCCUCGGUGCACCUCGACCUCGUCGCUGACGGCGAGCCCGGCCCCUACGCCGCGCUCGGUGCUCAGCGUGACGCCCACGGUCACUCCGCGGCCGAGUCCACGCACCUGCGGUCGGUUGCAACACAUCUCCCCCCAGCCGCGACUGGUGCAGAGCUUCAUCAGUCGCUCUGCAGAUCAACUUCCAGGCCUCACGUCCUCCAGUUUCAACUCCCUCACCAACUGCUUCGGCUUUGGUUCACCACGCCCCCCCUCCCCGGCCGGGCCCAUGGCGGGGCGCUUUGAGGUCCGAGAUUUGCCGUUGGGCUUUUGGCCCUUCGAUCCCAAUCUGCCCGCGCUGCGCGGUCAGCUGCUGGCCGCUUUGGGUGCCAGCAGCAGCAGCCGCUUUGAAGCGAUGACGGGUUUUCACGGCGGCCUCAACGAUGGUAUUUGGUUCUUGCGUGGGGCUCCAGGUCGUGAGACUCUGGUGCUGAAGUUGGUGAAGUAUGAUAGGUUUGCUCCUCCUCAAUUGGUGGAAGAGCGUAUUUUCUCGAAGUUGUAUCAGGAGGUGCCACACAUCGCGGAGGAUGCGCACGUGGCCUUUCCCACGAAGGUCUUCCGAUUGCUGGGUCCCAACAACGUGCGAAAGCACGAUUUGUUUGUCAUGCGAAAGGCGCCUGGAAAAUCUUUGGAUCAUCUCAUCUCCGAAAAGUGGAGGAGCAACCGGAAGGGAGAUAUCAUGAAAAUCUUUGCGAAAGUCGGUGAAUGUUUGGCCCAGUUUCACAGGCGGUAUGGCGGAAGGCAGCACAAUGAUGCUGGAACCCAGAACAUCCUCUAUGACGAGGAGACGCAACAUGUGACCUUCAUCGAUUUGGGCGGCAUGGGGAACAAGACCGAUAAGACUGACGUCCAGCGCUUGAGUCAGGCCUGUGAUAAACCCAAUGCAACUAUAAACGCCAUCAAUAAAUGUAUACCGUGUACCUUUUAUAUCUUGUUUUUGCCACCCAUUUAUGGUACAACAUUGGGGAUAGUUUCUUAG